UUAGGCUCGUAGUAAUGCAAACACCCGCCAUUGAAAAAGCAUUUACUAUCCCUCUUUCUCGUUCUCCUCCUGUCUAUAGCACUCUCUUCCCUCAAACCACCCCCGCUAAACAAGUAUCUGUAUUCCCUUUACUUAAAAAUCUGGAAAUUGAAACCUAAAAAGCCGUAGAUUCUUAACUAACGCUUGUAAAAUCUCCUCUCUCUCUCUCUCUCUCUCCUAAAUGAACCACAAACACAAUACAAAGACAAAAACAACACAGACACGAAAAUAUAAAGUAAAAGUGCCACAAUAACUUAAAAAAACCGAAGAAAAAAGAAAAAAAUCAAUUUGCUUGAAACUUGGUGUAUGUGUGUCGAUUAUCCUUGACUGAGGCUUGUGAAGGACUCUGGGGCGGCUGGGACACUCCUGCAGGACUCUGAGGGUUACCACACCACCAGCCUCACUCACUGACUCACUGACUGACUGACCACCACCACCACAACCACCACCCCCACCAGUCAGUCUGCAUGCUACCACAUCUCUCGUGAUCCAAGGGCGGCAGGUGGUGGUGGCGGCGGUGCUGGUGGUGCAGGAACUCUCCCUCUCGUCCCUCGCCACGCACCACGCGCCGCGCCGACACUCUCAGAAAUGCUGACAGCGCCCCCGUCCCUCCCACUCCCUGGUGCGGGGCGGCCCUCUCCUACCGCCCCGCCCCUCGCCUGGCCUCUACCCGCCCCCUUCCCGGCGCACGGUGAGGGGGGAGCCGCACCCGCCCCUCGCCUGCCCCCUGCGCUGACCGUGACCCCGAGUGAACUUAUGUACCGCGGCGAGGGGGCUGACCAUGUGGUGCUGGGCCUCAGGAAACUGGGGCGUGUGGUGCGGCUCCGGAAGACCAGCAUCGGCAGCGGUGUGGGUCGGGAGGAGCUGGUGAGGCGGGCAGCACAGGACCAAGAGGUGCUGGCCAGGGUGGGGCGGCCGGUGCUGGGGCGCCUGCUGACCGAUGCUGCCCACUUGGUGCUGGUGUGUCCGCGGCCUGACUCAGCACUCUGCGACACCCUGCUGCCCUGGAGGAGAGGAGAGAGAGAGGGCAAGGAGAUCAACACACACGGGGUUGCCUGCAUCUGCCCUGACGCCGCCACCAUCUUCAUCCCCCGCCACGACACCACCACACCCGCCACCCCCACACCAACCCUCAGAAGCACCAGCGUGGGGGUGGGUGGGCAGUACCUGAGGGAGGUGCGGAAUGUGUGUGUGGAAAUCAAGCCCAAGCAAGGGUUCCUGGACUGCUCCACCCCUGGCAUGCCCCUGUGUAGGUACUGUGUGAAGCAGUUCCUCAAGGCUGGGAAGGAAAGUGGCAGCCGGAGUGGUUACUGUCCCCUUGACCUCUUCUCAGGAAAUAUGGACAGGAUGCGCAAGGCAGUGGACAACCUCAUCUUGGCGCCGCAGAAUAAUUUUAAAGUGUUUGUUGACGGACAGCCAGUGGACGAGACUCGGCCAUUCCGUUACCUCCGGGACACCAUCAUCGCAGCCCUCACCUUCCCCUUCACCACCACCACCGCCACCACCACCACCAGCGGCAGACUCAGUGACCGGUCCCCUCUUGGCCGCAUCUUAACCUUCCAAAGUCUCGAUCGCCUGGGUGUCUUCCGAGCGUCCCAGCUUUACCUGACCUUGUGCGAUCUUUUAGGGAGUGCCGAGGCUGUGGAUGAGGCGCUGUGUGACCUCUCAGCCUGGCCCUCCCCAGCGCUGGGCCUGGUGAUAGAGCAGGGGGCCCAGGAGGUCAGGGAGGUGGGGGAAAUGGGGGUGGAGGAAAUGGUGAGGCUGCUGCAAAGUUAUCUGUUGUCCACCACUGCCAAGGAUUUGUCUCUCAUGAUCCUCCUCAGUGGGCCUCAUUACAGCCCCUCCCCUCAGCAGGUGGCGGGCAGCUCCCCCUUCGUAGUGCUGGGGGAGGAGGGGGCGUGGUUCCAGUGCCAAGUGACGGGGGUGGACAUCGUUGCCAAGCCCACCAGCAAGAUCCUCAAGCACCAGCGUGACUAUGAGCGCCUCAGGGACGUGUUGGCGGACCUCAGGGCACGCCAGGAGGAGCCACCCUGCUGCCGCCGCUGAAGGAAUGGAGGAAGGAGUAGUGAAGGAAGAAGGAAUGGUUGGAGUGUAGGAAAGAGGAAGGAAGAAGAAAGGGAAGGCUGGAGGAGUGAAGAAAGGCUGAAGGAAAGAGAAAGGAGGGAAGGAAAAGUGAAGGAAGAGGGAAGGAAGGAAAAAGGGAGGGGUAGAAGAGUGAGGGAAGGGGGGAGGAGGAGUGGAGUAGUGAAAGAGGGCUGGCGGAGUGAAGGAAGGUGGAAGGGGGAGUGAAAGAGGAAUGAAGGAACAGGGAAGGAGUGAAAGGAAUAAGGGAUGAGAGAAGGAGGAAUGAAAGAAGAAUGUAGGAUAGAGGAAAGUGAAAGAGGAAUGGAGAAGUGAAGGAAGGGGGGGAAGGAGGGGAGAAGAAGUGAAAGAAGGGUAGGAUGCAGGAAGGAUGGUUUGCUGGUGGAGGGAAAGAAGGAUGGAUGAUACAGUGAAGGAAGGAAGGGAGGGAAAGGAUGAUAAAGUGAAGGAUUGGUGAAGGAUGGACUGGUGGUGAAGGAAGGGGAAGUAUGAUAGACUGAAGGAUGGACUGGUGAAGGAAGGGAGAGUGACAGAGUGAAGGAUUGGUGAAGGAA